AUGGGCUGGCUGGCAGGGGAUGGCAGGCGGCACAGCAAUCCCAAUGAACAGACAGUUGAGAGGACCGGGCACCAUGGCAUUGUGGGGGCCCCAGAGCAGCAUGGCGUUGGCUGCAUGUGCCUUGCACCCAGCCACCCUCCACCACUAUUCCAUCCCAUCCCAACAGCUUGA